AUGUCCUCCAACUACACCCCCGAAGAAAUCGCCCAAGCCCACCGCAUCCUCUACAACGAAGGCAUCAAAAUGCGCUACCAAGUCGCCGGAAAAGAAUACGUCGACAAAGCCCUCGCCAACGCGGAUAAUUCUUUUUCGAAAGCUAUGCAAGAAUACGUCUCCGAAUCCUGCUGGGGCUCAAUCUGGACCCGCCCGGGCUUACCCCUCAAAACCCGCUCCUUCCUCAACAUCGUGAUGCUCUGCUGCCAGAACCGGUCUCAGGAAUUGGCGACGCAUGUCAAAGGUGCCAUGAAUAAUGGUGCGACGGAGGAGGAGAUUAAGGAGGUGAUUUUGCAGGCGGCUUGUUAUUGUGGGAUGCCGAGUGGGAUUGAGGGUUUCCGAGUUGCGUGGAAGGCGAUUGAAGAGUGGAGAGCCGCGGGAGGGAAAGAGGCUGAGAAGAAGGGUGAUUCGCAUUAUGUUGAUGAGCAUCGGGAUAUGGAUUUGGGGGAGAGGGCGAAGCCGGAGGAUGUCUAG